UUCCUAUAUAUUGUCAUCUCUUCCCCAUGUUAUGUUGAUCUUCUUUGGUUUCGCAUCUGUCACUCUUUUGAUCCAAAUUUUUUUAUUGAACCUUAUAAUAUGGCAAACGCGUCUUCGUGCUGGUUUCCAGAUGGGCAAACGAAUGGAGCUUCCGGCUCGCCUGAAUUCGUACCCUGCAAUCCGUCUGCCGCUCAGAGUGCUUGCUGCGCCGUGGGAGAAACUUGUGUUGGGAAUAAUCUCUGCUUGAGUGGUAAUGGAUUGAUGUAUCGUGGGGGAUGUACGGAUAAGACGUUCAGCAAUGGCGCAUGUCCUUCGUUAUGUACAGAUGAUACUGGAAGGAAUGCUGGACCUCAGGAUAGCUGGAUAUUCAUGAAACCUUGUGAUGCAUCGACGGGAAAGUUACAAUGGGUGUGCGAUUUGGCAGCGGAUUGUACGAACUCGAGUCUGCGGUUCGAUUUAAUUGUUGGUGGGCCGCAGGAGGUCAAUAUCACUGGAACACUCAGCACUUCUUCUUCGACGACAUCACCUACCACAUCGACUUCCUCAUCCUUGCCAUCGAGCUCGAGUACGAAUGAUUGUACAAGUAAGAGAACAUCCUCCGUCGCCAUCGACGGAGUAGGAGCAGGAGUUGGUGCAUCGCUUGGCGUCUUGUUUUUACUCGCAUUAGUCUGGGGAUUUUGGGAACGACGGAAAAGGAUUAUGACUCCAUCAAUUCAGCAACAGCAGCAGCAACAACAGGAUUAUUCCACGAUUACUGCGACGGAAAACAAAUACCCAAUACCUCAGGAAGCGCCGGACAAUGUGGUGAGGUCAGAACUUGCACCUAUGCCGCCGCAGUAUGUGGUGCGGAAUGAGCUUGCUUAGACGUCCAUAUCACCAUUUUGUCAUUUUACUUCGCUUAUGAAUACCUAAUGUAUAAAAUGUCUUUGCGCAUGAGUUCGAAUUCUCCUUUCUUGUACAGUACUUGUCUGUCGAGGGAAAAG